AUGAACAAAGUUGAGUCAUUAUCACCAAAGCCAUUCCUCUAUGAGUUGAAAGGAAAGAAGAUAGCAGUGCGUCUAAAGUGGGGAGGAAUGGAGUACAGAGGCAUUCUUGCCUCAGUAGACAACUAUAUGAACUUACAGUUGGCAGCAACAGAAGAAUGGAUUGACGGCGCAAUGAUCGAUACACUUGGAGAAGUUUUAAUUAGAUGUAAUAAUGUUUUAUACGUUAGAGGUGUCGAAGGAGAAACA